CUCCUGCAGGGGGCAGUAGCGUUUAGAGCGGUACGUGGUCUGGUAACCGGAAACAAGAAGCCGAUGAAGUACUUCCGUUUGGUGUCGGCGUGAGCCGAUAACUAAGAACUUUAUUUUUUCAAUUUCCCGCUGGAGUCUUCAUGAAUAAAACCACAUAAAAAUCAGCAGCAGAGAUGGCGAGGAAUGCUGAGAAGGCCAUGACGGCCCUGGCUCGGUUCAGGCAGGCUCAGCUGGAGGAGGGAAAAGUCAAGGAGAGGAGGCCUUUCCUGGCAUCAGAAUGCAAUGAACGUCCUAAAGCUGAGAAAUGGAGACGACAGAUCAUCAGUGAGAUCUCAAAGAAAGUGGCUCAGAUCCAGAACGCUGGCCUCGGGGAGUUCAGGAUUCGGGAUCUGAACGAUGAGAUCAACAAACUGCUGAGAGAGAAACGUCACUGGGAGGUUCGGAUCAAGGAGCUGGGAGGACCCGACUAUGCGCGUGUCGGUCCGAAGAUGUUGGACCAUGAGGGGAAGGAGGUUCCAGGAAACCGAGGAUAUAAAUACUUUGGAGCAGCCAGAGACCUGCCCGGAGUCAGAGAGCUGUUUGAGAAGGAGCCUGCCCCAGCACUGAGGAAGACGAGGGCAGAACUGAUGAAGGACGUGGAUGCAGAAUAUUAUGGUUACAGAGACGAAGAUGACGGAGUCCUGCUUCCCUUGGAGACACAGUACGAGAAACAAGCUGUGUUGGAGGCGGUACAGAAAUGGAGAACCGAGAAGGAGUCUCAUCUGUCCGGAGACAAACAACAAAAGGAGGAGGAGGAGGAGGAAAGCAUCUACACAGUCCUCAACGAAGAGCCCUAUGAUGAGGAGAGCCAAGAGGAGCAGGAGGCAGAAGAGGGAGGAGUCACCUUCAUUGCACAUGUACCUGUACCCUCCCAGAGAGAGGUGGAGGAGGCUCUGGUCAGGAGGAAGAAGAUGGAGUUGUUGCAGCGUUACGCCAGUGAGACUCUUCAGGCUCAGAGUCAGGAAGCCAGAGCUCUGCUGGGACUCUGAGUCGUCCGUCUAUGACCUCUGUCAAUGUAAAUAUCAGCUCACUUUUGUAAUCAGCCUUGUUUCUUAUUAAAGUCUUAUUGACAU